AUGGAACCACCUACAAUCGCGCCUCGGCCAAGUUGGGCCCCAGAUGAUGGCCCGGCCGCCAAAUGGAUCAAGGGGCCGAUGGAUUUGGCCGCCUGGAAGCGAUCGCUGGCCCACCGUGACUAUCUCGACUUUUUGCACCGCGUAAACGAUGCUGUCGCCGGCAAGAAGACGAGCCAAUGGGUACCGCAAAGCCCUGGUGUUCAGAAGGUGAUGUCAAUGCUGGAAGUCAUCAAGGGCUACACCGACAAGCACCCACCGGAAGCUGAGAUGCAGCAGCGCUACGGGAACAAGGCAUAUCGCAAGUGGUACGCGGAAUUAACGGAGAACGCCAAGGAACUUAUCAAUGACGUGCUCGAAGAAGUGGAAAAUGAUGGUGCUGCCGCAAUGCUGGAGCCGUAUUUGCUGGACUCUUUCGGUAACCAAACCCGGAUCGACUAUGGCUCUGGCCACGAGGCGGCAUUCAUCAUUCUGCUCCUAUGCUUUGAAAAGAUCGGCCUCUUCACGCCGGAAGAUCUGCCAGCCGUUGGCCUGAUGAUUUUUGGAGAAUACCUCCGCGUGUGCCGCCAUCUGCAACGGUUGUACAAGAUGGAACCGGCAGGUUCGCACGGAGUCUACAGCCUCGACGACUAUCAAUUCGUGCCCUUCCUCUGGGGCUCAUCCCAGCUAAUCGGCUCGAAUUUCGACCCCAACAACUAUCCGCAACCCGAAAAAGUGCAGGACCACGACAUGGAAUCGCUGUUUCUGGAAGCGAUAACCUACAUCAACGACACGAAAACGGGCCCCUUUUACGAGCAUUCAAAUCAACUUUGGAACAUCUCGGCGGUGCCGAAUUGGGACAAGAUCAACUCGGGAUUGUUCAAGAUGUACGAGGCAGAAGUGCUGCUCAAAUUCCCCGUUGGCCUCGACCGAGGGAUGGCAUCGGCUGCGACGCAAGAGCUCGAAGGUCUCAAGGUCAGCGAGAAGAAGCCGAAAAUUAUGGGAAGAGUAGUACUGGCGCUCGGCGACAUCACGCACCACAAUAUCAAUCAAUUAAAGGAGAUUAACCAGUCUGUCUUCCCCGUCUCCUACAACGAGAAAUUCUACACGGACAUUGUGAAUGCCGGGGAACUCGCCAAAUUUGCCUACUUCAACGACAUCGUUGUCGGGGCCGUCUGCUGCCGAUACGACAAAUUCGAAGACGCGAAGAGCCUCUACAUCAUGACGUUAGGCACUUUGGCCCCGUACCGCGGUUUCGGAGUCGGCACGAUGCUGCUCAACCACAUUUUUGACAUAUGCAAAAAGGACCCAGUGAUCGAGAACGUUUUCCUUCACGUGCAGAUUAACAAUGAAACCGCCCUGGAUUUCUACAAGAAGAACGGGUUCGAGGUGCGCGAAAUGGUGGAGAAGUACUACAAGCGGAUCGAGCCCGACAGCGCCUACCUGGUCGUGAAAAAGCUCAAG